ACAAUUUUCUUUAUCCUCAUUAUUAUAAAAUCCAAAUUUGCAAUCACCUUCAAGACUCAGGCAACGGGUUUUCCUAAGAACAAAAACAAUCUUGCAUAUGGAACAGGGAGAGAUGGCGGAGCACGGCGGAAGACGGCCGCGAUUGGUGUUAACAGCAAGUCCACUUCAAGGCCACAUGACCCCCAUGCUCCACCUUGCCACCUUCCUUCAUUCCAAAGGCUUCUCCAUAACCAUUGCUCAUUCCGAGUUGAACCGCCCCGAUCCUUCAAACCAUCCUGCUUUCACCUUCCUCCCUCUACUUGACCACUUAUCUGUCACCCCUGGCUUCGCCAACGCGGUCCAGUUCUUGCAAGCUCUCAAUGAUAACUGCAGACAACAUUUCCAGGAACACCUUGUUCAGAUUAUUAAUGCACAAAAGGACGCAUCUCAGAAGGAAUCAAUAGUUAUUAUCUAUGAUAAUCUUAUGUAUUUUGCUGGAUCUGUUGCUGGCGAUUUGGGUCUACCCUCCAUCAUCUUGCGCACCAGCAGUGCAUCUACCUUCCCUGCGAUCAAGAUCAUCCCACAGCUCCAUCAAGAAGGUCGACUUCCUGUACAAGAUUCUAUGUUGCAGGAAAUAGUUUCAGAAUUACAUCCCCUAAGAUAUAAAGAUCUACCCUUUAUUAGUCUCCCAAUACAACAAACACUUGAAUUGGUCAACAUGAUCAUGCCCAAGACACCUCCAUCUGCCUAUAUGUGGAACACCCUCGAAUUUCUUGAACCAUCGGCAUUGACCCAGAUCCGCAAUAACUACCACGUUCCAAUUUUUACCGUUGGACCAUUGCACAAAAUAAGCCCAACACCUUCCAGUACUAGCUUUCUCAAAGAGGAUUCAAGUUGCAUCUCAUGGCUAGAUAAACAAGCAUCCAAAUCAGUGAUGUAUGUGAGCUUAGGAAGCUUAGCAAAGGCAGAUGACAAAGUAAUAACUGAAAUGGCAUGGGGUCUAGCCAAUAGUAACCAGCCAUUCCUGUGGGUGGUUCGACCCGCUUCGAUUAAAGGGUUCGAGUGGAUUGAGUUUUUGCCAGAGGGUUUGGUGACUGAGAUGAAGGAGAGAGGUUUGAUCGUAAAAUGGGCACCGCAGAAGGAAGUUUUGGCACAUUUUGCAAUUGGAGGGUUUUGGAGCCAUUGCGGUUGGAAUUCGACAUUGGAAAGCUUGUCUGAAGGGGUUCCGAUGUUGUGCCACCCGUUUGACGCGGACCAAAAGGUUAACUCUAGGUAUUUGAGUGAUGUGUGGAAGAUGGGUUUCGAAAUUGUCGUGGAGAGAGGGGAGAUUGAAGGUGCGAUCAGAAGACUUUUGGUGAGUAAAGAAGGGGAAGAAAUGAAGCAGAGAGCGUUGGAGAUUCAAGAAAAGGUUAAAGUUGGAGUAUGCCAUGGUGGUUCUUCACAUAACUCUUUAAAGGAGUUGGUAGACUUCAUUCUAUCAUUAUAAGUAUGGUCUGUUUGAUAGAUUUUGGAGGCCUAUAGGAAGUAAAAAUCCAUGGCAAUUUUCCAAAUUUCAUGUUAUGAAACCUUCUUACUUUACUUGCAACACGCAAUAAGAAACUAAAACGUUUAUAGUUAA